CCUGUCCGCGAUUGCACAGCCGCUUCCAGCUCCUGCCAGGCACUGCGAGCCGCGCGCGGGCUGUCUUGUAAGUUUCACCUCUGUCCUUAUGAGAUUGGUAUCCAUUUUCCAAAUAGCCUCCAGCUGAAUUGAUCAAAAUGAACCUGAAUACUUCUACAGAAGAGACGGUUAAAAGAAUUCACCUUGACUGUAACAAGUUGGGAAGAUACAACUACAUAUUAAUUAUGGUUCCAACUAUUUACACAAUCAUCUUCAUCUUAGGGAUAUUUGGAAAUGGCUUGGUAGUAAUUGUCAUUUACUUCUACAUGAAGCUGAAAACUGUGGCAAGUAUCUUUCUGUUGAAUUUGGCCCUGGCUGAUUUGUGUUUCUUAGUGACUUUGCCAUUAUGGGCAGCCACCACAGCCAUGGAAUAUCGCUGGCCUUUUGGCAAUUGCUUAUGCAAGUUAACUUCGGCUGCAGCGACCUUCAAUCUAUAUGCCAGUGUGUUUCUCCUGACAUGCCUUAGCAUUGACCGAUACUUGGCAAUAGUACACCCAAUGAAGUCCCGGCUUCGGCGCACAAUGUUCGUUGCCCGGCUAACCUGUAUCAUUAUCUGGCUAAUGGCAGCCCUUGCCAGCUUGCCUGUUAUUAUUCACCGUAGUGUAUACGUCAUUGAAAAUGAUAAUAUAACGGUAUGUGCUUACUGGUAUGACACCACCAGCACGACAGACAGUGAGACGGUCAGCAACACAACCAGCAACACAACCAGCAAGCCAACCAGCAACACAACCAUCAAAGUUGGAUUAGGCCUAUCCAAAAACAUGUUGGGAUUCUUAAUUCCCUUUGUGAUCAUUUUAACAAGCUACAUCUUAAUCUGGAAGACCCUGAAGAAGGCAUACCAGAUUCAGAAAAACAAGAACAAAGGAGAUGACAUUUUUAAGAUGAUUGUUGCAAUCGUUCUUUUUUUCUUUUUUUCUUGGAUUCCUCAUCAGAUAUUCACUUUUCUGGAUGUGCUGAUUCAGCUCCGUGUGAUUAAGGAUUGCGAUAUUGUGGAUAUUGUGGAUACAGCCAUGCCUUUCACCAUCUGCUUAGCUUACUUUAACAACUGCCUGAAUCCUGUCUUUUAUGGCUUUUUUGGAAAGAACUUUAGAAAGUACUUUCUCCAGCUUCUGAAAUACAUUCCCCCAAAUGUCAGGCAUGCCAGUCUGACAACAAAAAUGUCUUCCCUGUCCUAUCGGCCUUCAGAAAACUUAAUCCUGACUGCCAAAAAACAUGGGGCCUUGGACAUUGAGUGACGGCUUGGAAGCACAUGUUUUCCACAACUGGCUGGCCAGAAGGAGGAAACCCACCCAAGUAUCCCAACUACCACAGUGUAAAAUAUUCAACCAUCCAAGGCGCAUCAUCUGUGAAAACUAAACAGUUGCCUUUCAUUUCGUGAAGAGGAUUGUUGGUUGUUUACAGCAGGCGUUAACAAAAGUCGGUGGACAGCAGUGUUCAUCAACGUCCUGCCUUUUUCAUCCCAAAGCUUGGGGGAAAUGCUACGUGGUAGAGUUGAGAGGGUCUUGAAAUGUGCUGCAAAGUGUGGUUCAAUUGCAUAUUUCAUUCAAUCUAGUCUAUGAGACUUGAUUGUACUUGUAUAAGCAAUUCUGACCUUGCCUUUCAUGGUCUUAUGCACAGGAGUAGGAUAGAAACUUUGUUUUCAGAGUCAUGAAAUGAAAGUAAAAGUCAAGCAGUUUUUCAAGAAUGUGAAUUCUAUGUCUUGUAUCCUACUUGAAUGUAAUCAAAAUUUACCUAUACUACAUUUUCAUAUAUACACGCAAAUCCCAUUUUUAUUUCAGUUGGAAAUUGAAGGUUGUCAGGAUAGGGCCAGCAUACACUUGUACAUAUGCAGUAGAAUGAACCCACGUUUGCUAGAUAUGCACAUAACAAAUGCAACACAUUUGAAUAUAUCAUUGUUUUCUAAGGAUCAUUGAAAAGUGCUUCAUUCUAUAGAUCUUUUCCUCUCUGACAUCUGUGGAACCAAGAGCUGUUGGAAAUAUAUAUGGAAAAGGUUCUAUUCUAUAUAUUUUCAAGAAUAUUUUAGAAGUAGUUUAUUUAAGGUAGUUGUUCCUUUUGAUAAUUUGGCCCCUAUGCACCAUUAUACUUUUGAGAGCACAAAUUGCAUGGCCAUUGGUUGGGGAUGAUGAAUGUCGUUGUCCAACACAUUUAAAGGGCAACAGGUUGGGGAAGGUUGGUUUAUAGCAGGGCAUUGGCCCUCCAGAUGUUGCUGGGCUGCAACUCCCAUCAGCCCUAGCCAGCAUAGAUAAUGGCAAGGGAUCUUGGGAACUGGAGUCCACCACAUCCAGUUACACAUCCCUAAUUUAUAAGGAAGAAUGAGAGUGUAUUUCACCAUGGGGAGUGAAAUAACUCCAAGUUUCAGGAGCAAACCAUGUAAUUUGGGGGAGGGGGAAUUACCAGUCUUAGUUCAGACUACUGAAUUUCACAACGUGGAUGAUAGACAUCAUGAACUGGGAGCCAUGUCCUUGGCUCUCCCACACCAGAGGCAUUCAAGAGGCAGCUGGACAAGCAUCUGUCAGGGAUGCUUUAGGGUGGAUUCCUGCAUUGAGCAGUGGGUUGGACUCGAUGGCCUUGUAGGUCCCUUCCAACUCUGCUAUUCUAUGAUUCUAUGAUCACACUCAUGGCGGAAAGUGCAGCUGAAAUCUCAGAAAUGGGCACUAUAUAUUAUAAUUGUUCAACGAAUGCAGGAAACGGCCAUGGGGCAACACUACAUAAUGCUACCACUUAUGCAUGUUGACCAUACGCCCCACCAGCCAUGUUAAGGGAUAUUGACAGUACUGACAUAACAUGUGUAGGGCUUUUCCAUGCAAGGAAG